AUGACUAAGCGACAGCCCAGUGGCUGUCCUUCAGAUUUGGGGUAUUAUAUAACGGGGUUAUUACCAUCCACCGUUAUUUUUAUAAUAUAUUGCCAAUUUUAUUUAGUGCCGAAGUGGAGUGGGGAAUGGUGGAAUUCCGUUACUUUGUUAAUGCAGGAAUGCAACUUAAAGGUCAGCGAGUGGGUUUUUCGGAAAUUCAUUCGCGGCACCGGAACCUUUUCUGGCGUGCGGACCCCCAUUUCGAUGUCGGAGAUGCAUUUCUACCUAUUAUUUAGCGCUUUUAGCACUGGUUAUUUACCACGCCGCACCUAG